CUUCGUUGACUGUCGAGACGAAAGGCUCCUACAUUAGGGUCUGACAUGCAGCGAUAUCAAACUUCUUGAGCUUCUGGUGGUCGACAGCAGGAGCUUUGCACAUGGAGUUGAGCUAUGUCCGGCGCUGCUGAGGGCCUCGCAGGCUUGGCGCUGAGUGCGAUCAGCGUUGCAGCCUUGUUCACGACUUGCAUCGAGUGUUUCGACAUUGUCGUUGCCGGGAAGAACUUCAGUGAGGAUUACGAGCAGCUGUGUGCUCUGUUCUCUUUGCAGCGAGCUCGGUUUGGACUCUGGGGCGAAUCGGUGGGCUUGGUGCCCAAUCCGCAUGGACAUCGUCUACGAUAUGACAAGAGCCUCGAUCGACCAGAUAUAAGGCCGGGUGUAGAAAGGAUUCUGAACAAUAUCAAGUCCCUGCUUGAAGAGGCUGGGAACGUCGACGAGAGAUAUGGGUUGACUUCGAACAUCCCACAAGGCUCGGAGGUAUCGACAUCCAGAGGUCUUGAUAUCUUCAAAGGGUCAUUCGAGAGAUUCAAGUCCCGGAUCAGGAAGCAUCAGAAGGAAACCUCUGCUUGGAAGGUUACACGAUGGGCAAUACACGAUGCAGAGAAGUUCGAGGGCAUGCUCAACCGGCUCAAGGAGUUUGUCGAUGGAUUGGAAAGCAUCACGAAGUCACUGGGACUUCUUCGGGAGCAGCACGAACGGCUCCGACAGGAGAUUGAAAGUAUUUCAGAUACUCAGAGCCUCAGAUUACUUCGGGACGCCUCUUCGCGGCAUGGCUCCUCCCAGCGUGACGUUUCUGAUGCUGCCAGCCAGCGCUUGAUCACUGUUGCUGAGUCAUUCAUUGAUACGCAGACUCUCGAUUUCAGCUCUCACUUUCCUGCAUCGACAGAUUCAUUUGUCACGGCUAGGAGCCUGCCAUCGGGUAUUUCAGAAAGUGUCCGCAACGAAGGUCAACAUAUACCUGGUGCUUGGCCAGGCUCGAUAACAUCGAGCUCCAAAACCCGCCAGCAAAGGGCAUCCGCAUCGCAUAAUCGAUCGAAAGGUCCUUACAAACCACGUGCUUCUUGCGAGCAAUGCCUGGAAGAACACUACAAGUGCGUUCCUGCAGCCGAAGGUCGGUGUUGUUCCAGGUGUGUCCAUACUCAGAAGGAUUGCAGUCUCGCGUUGGUCCCGAUCGAGGCAAAGUCUAAGGCUGCUUUGGAGCCUUCUAUUUACGAUUCAGUACCUGGAACAUCUACAAAGCCCCUGUUUACACAAGCGCUUCCACAACAUCAACGACUAUUAAGUGAUCUUCUCAGCAAAGCAAAGCCAAGAAAGCCAUUAAGCUUUGCGGCAGGAGACGCUCACUAUGGCGAGCGACUGGCCUCGAUCAAGAAUGAGGAUGAGAAAUACUGGCUCGAUCACUCUGGGAAAAUCGUCGGGCAGGCACAUAGUGGUUCAUCAGCUGCCAAACGAAUGUUCUUCGAACUUCGCAAUAUCAGAGCUAGCAAGGUCCCAUUUGUGAGCGCGGUGCCUUUGGACGAUAGUCUAGCCGAGGUCUUAGCCAGCAUUGAAGGUCCACCAGAGACCCCGUAUGAAGGUGGUGUAUUCUUCAUCACAGUCAAGUUAUCCGAGACCAACCCGUUCAGUCCACCAUUGAUGAGGUUCCACACCAAGAUAUACCACCCAAAUAUAUCUCCACAAGGUCAUAUAUGUGCUGACUACAAGGAAAAAUGGAACACUGUCUUAUCUGCCGGGUCCUCCAAGACUCCGGUCAGUGAUUCGCGCGCACUUUGGUAUCCCCCGAAAUCAGGUGAUACACGAUGGUCCCUGGGAGCUCUCCUCACGGCUAUGUGCGGACUUCUGGCAUCUCCUGAUGUGGAUGAUCCAUUGGUACCGGAGAUUGCGCAAAAGUACAUUGAAGACUAUAACGGUUAUUGCGAGAAUGCGCGACUCUAUACACAACGCUUUGCCACUGGACCGCGACCUGAAUACCAAGACCUGAUCUUUUCUGAAGACAUUCCUCCGGGUGAUAUUGAGAUGAACUGGGUGCACUCCAACAAUCCCCAUUCGGAGUCUACAAUUGAUGCCGUGAGUUUAUCAAAAUCGCUUCCUCCUUCGCCCCCAGAUCUUUCUGAAGGAUGGGCCUCGACAAACAGGUUUGAAGCGACGAGUUUUUAUCUAAAAGCGGACUUGUACAUGUAUAUCGAUGGGCCGAAUUUGGGGAGCUCUUGGCAAUUGAGCCGCCGAGAUAGAUCUGAGACGGCCUUAGAAGGACAGUCCAAGAGCAUUGAUUCGUCAGCUACGCCGCUAUUGGGAGAUCUCAUUCUCAGCACACGAUAUCAUCUACAACCUUGGAUUACCAGACUUGAGGGUAAUACAAGACCUCCCUGCAAGAUCACCGAUUUGAAAAUCUGCCACAGCCUCCUUGAGGCAGCUGAUGCUUACUUGUCCCGGAGCAAUAGCCAUUGCCUCAAUCCUGAGGACCAUCUGGCGGCCAGCGCUUUCUACAAAGAAGCUCAACAUUUGUGCGGAGACUUCCUUGCCAGCUGCUUGGCGACAGGCAAAACGAAAGUUCAGGUAUUUUUAGGCCGCAUCGCGUCAAUAUCGUACCAGAUUUCUAUAAUCAGCACAGUAAAUGGUUACCAGAUCUGGGAUAUAACUAAAGACCUCGAUCAAAUCAAAGAUCUCAAUUCUUUCCUCAUCGUCGAAUUUCCCGACGCCAGACUUUGGGGAUGGGACGGCACUACUAUAGCAUUGGACGAACCAGAUCCGCAGGUCUUUGCUCUGCUUUUUGAACAUGGGCUUGAGCGAGUAUUUCGAUCACAUGCCGUGCAGCUCUUGAAAAGAAGGGAAUUCCUGUCAUUUGUUAAGCCUGACCUCAAGCCACGGUAUGGGCCUCGACCAGCUCCUUUGAUGGUCGCACCUAAAGCCUUUCGCCAUGCAAUGCCUUCUAUAUCUACCCUCAUUCAGUCUUUUAUCCACCCUUCUCUCAUGAAUGGGAUUGGUGUCUCAGUGGCUGAAUUGUCGAAUUAUUGGUAUGAGUAUUCCGCACGGUUAUUGCUAGAAAACCGAGAUGAUGGGGGGGUAGGCAUGAGAUGGGUUCUAAAAUGGCACGAUGGUCAACGAUUCUCUGACUUUCGAAAUCUUACAAGUAUUGUCCGUGAAUAUUAUCCAAUCUACUCGACAAAGAACAACAGCCUUAGGUUGACUUAUUGUCGUCUAGGAAGUAGAGACCGGACGAUCAGCUGUGAGCUAACGAUGGACUUCCAAUCUUGGAAGGAGACUGAACUUUGUUUCGGAGCACUCGAGGCUCUCUGUCAAAUUGACAAACUGCUGCGUGAAAAUGCAGAUACACGUUUACUUGAAGACGGUCCAAAGCUCUCCGACCCCGACCCUGCGAUUCCAAACACUUCUCAUAUAUGACUCUCUGGCUUUUAAUCUCUUGAUGGCAAUGUAUGACGAGUGCUCUAUUAUGCUUCUGGCAUUCAUCUGUUUGUGAGCGAUGUUAAAAGGAAGAAUGAUAUCUAUGAUAUAUGUCCCUGUCUCUUUUGUAUGUUUCAUCUCAAUCUAAUGACUUCAAGUAGUGUUCAAUUUAUAUUGCUUUUUUGGAGCAGCUGCCCUUCCAUGUCAUUCGGUGAUGGUUUUUGGUUCUAUGAGCCAUGAAGUUGGCUAGAAAUAUCAGACAUUUAGCUAAAGUGAUCAUUGUUUAUGAUUUUGCGAAUGAGAUGUAGGUAAAAAGGCU